AGAAAACGAAUAUAUCAUCCAAUCUAUUAAUUAAUGGCGCUAAUUCCAAGCAUUUUCAGCGGUCCAAGAAGCAACAUCUUCGACCCCUUUUCAAGUCUCGACAUCUUCGAGGGUUUCCCUUUCUCGAGUUCAGUACUGGAUAAUGUUCCGUCCUCCGCCCGCGAGACCUCUGCCUUCGCCAACGCAAGGAUCGACUGGAAGGAGACAGCGGAGGCGCACGUGUUCAAGGCGGAUCUGCCCGGGCUGAUGAAGGAGGAGGUGAAAGUGGAGUUGGAAGAUGGAAAGGUUCUCCAGAUCAGCGGCGAGAGGAGCAGAGAGCAGGAGGACAAGAACGAUAAGUGGCACCGAGUUGAGAGGAGCAGCGGCAAGUUCCUCCGCCGCUUCAGGCUGCCGGAGAACGCCAAGGUGGAACAGAUCAAUGCUACUAUGGACAACGGCGUCCUCACGGUCACUGUACCCAAGGAGCCGGAGAAGAAGCAGGAGAUCAAGACCAUCCACAUCUCCGGCUGAAACAAAAAUUCAUUU